CCAGCUCUUGUGUCUGUGAGCUAGUUCUUCCACUCUCACACACAACAGCCUCCUGUUUCUGCACCCCUAAGUGUGUGAGAGAGACAGUGCAUCCAGCUUUCUGUGCUAGAUCUUUUAUCUAUUUCGUCAACAACAAGCCUUAUUAAACUUCUCCUCCCCAUCUCACUGUGAAGUAAAUAUGGCAAACACAGCAACCAACAUGCGGCUGAAGCUGCCGAUCACCUGCUUCAUCCUGGAGAUCAUCCUCAUCAUCCUCUUUGGGGUGCUGGUGCAGUAUGACAAUGAGACGGAUGCAAAGAAGUGGCACGGUAUGACCCAUGGGAACCACAGUGACCAUCAAAAGGACGUGGAACACAAGGACUAUGAGAAUGACUUCUACUACCGCUACCCAAGUUUCCAGGAUGUACAUGUGAUGAUCUUCAUUGGUUUCGGCUUCCUCAUGACCUUCCUGCAGCGUUAUGGCUUCGGUAGUGUGGGUUUCACUUUCCUGAUUGCAGCUUUAGCCUUACAGUGGGCCACGCUUAUGCAGGGUUUCUUCCAUGGUAUGCAUCACGGCAAGAUUGAAAUUGGAGUGGAAAGUAUGAUCAAUGCUGAUUUCUGCACCGGCUCUGUGCUGAUCUCAUUUGGAGCUGUUCUGGGUAAAACAAGCCCAGUCCAGUUGCUUAUUAUGGCGGUGUUUGAGGUCACACUGUUUGCAGUCAAUGAGUUUAUCCUGCUGUCCCUUCUUGGAACCAAGGAUGCUGGAGGCUCCAUGACCAUUCACACAUUUGGAGCCUACUUUGGCCUGAUGGUGACUCGAAUCUUGUACAGACCCAACCUGGACAAGAGCAAACACAGGAACAGCUCAGUCUAUCAUUCUGAUUUGUUCGCUAUGAUCGGUACUCUCUACCUGUGGAUGUUCUGGCCCAGCUUCAACUCUGCCAUCACAGCUCAUGGAGACGAUCAGCAUCGCACAGCACUGAACACCUACUACUCCCUGGCAGCCUGCACUCUGGCCACUUAUGGCAUGUCUGCCCUCACGGCUCAUGAUGGCAAAUUGGACAUGGUCCACAUCCAAAACGCUGCCCUGGCUGGUGGAGUUGCAGCGGGAACAGCUGGUGAAAUGAUGCUGACUCCUUUCGGCUCCAUGAUUGUUGGUUUUUUGGCCGGCAUCAUUUCUGUUUUGGGCUUCAAGUACCUCUCGCCCAUCCUGGAGAGCAAGCUGAAGAUCCAAGACACCUGUGGGGUUCACAACCUACACGGCAUGCCAGGUGUCUUUGGUGCUAUUGUAGGAGCAGUCACUGCUUCUUUGGCCACCAAAGAUAUUUAUGGAGAAGGUAUGGAGGAUGUGUUCCCUCUGGUGUACGAUGAAAAGGUAAAAAGAACGGCAGCUUAUCAGGGCGGGAUUCAGGCCAUCUCCCUUGCUGUCACUUUGGGCAUUGCCCUGGUGGGGGGGCUUAUUGUUGGUUUCAUUUUGAAGCUGCCCAUCUUUGGAACACCUCCUGACAACUUGUGCUUUGAGGACAACAUCUACUGGGAAGUGCCUGGGGAUGAGGAAAGUCACGAGGGCCACUUGACCAAUGUGAGGACAGAGGAGAUCGCAAUGCCAGAGGCAACCGAGAAGCUCAACAGUUAGACACAAAAAGACACAGAAAGCCAGAGCAAAAUAUCCACAGUGAGGUUAUAGCAUCCUAGCAUGUCAGACCUGCUAAAAAAUUUAAAGUUACCCACAUUGUACUAAUGUGAAGUGCCAAACUGUGUGGUUUUAGAAGCCUUUUACUUGUUUUUACUCACUUUUUUACUUUUCAAAAUAAAAAAAAGUCCAGUUGAUAUAUACAGUUUCAACCACUAGAUGUCAAUCUAGAAUUAUCUCACAGACCUGUGAAAAAGCUGCAUUCGCAAAUGAUGUGUCCAUUUGUUGAAAGAUGCUUUGUAAUUGUUCCCUGAGCAGGCCAAGACAUGGUUACAGAGUGACAUUUUUGCAGCCAGUUCAAACCAAAGACAAACUAUUAAUGCUAGAAACCUGCAAUCAGUUUAAAAAAAAAAACUGAAUUUGAACCGAAGAAAACAAAGAAAUUUUGUUUUUCAAAUAAAGAUUUUCAUGCAAAAAUGAA